AGGUGUCAUCGUGUCAACUCCGCCCAGGCCAGUUUGCAAAGAAGAGCAAUGGCUGAUGAACAAGUGGAGGAGCUGGAAACAGAUGUAGCUAUCAUCGGGGCAGGACCAGUAGGUCUUCACUUAGCUGCUGAGUUAGCAUAUAGAGGCAUCAAGUCUAUAGUGAUAGAGAAGAGGAAUGGACCAUCAUCUUCAGCUAAGGCAGUGCUGGUAAACUCACGUACAAUGGAGCACAUUCAUCGACUGGGACUUGAGAAAACCUUUCAGCGUCAUUCGUACCCUCGUCAACAACCAAUGUCUAUCACUGUAGGCUCUUAUGUGCUCAAGGAUAAUGUUCUGUUUAGCAAGCAGUUUAGUUCAUGGGGUGAUGCUGUUGAUGGUAUCAAUGAUAUGGAGAUGCUGCUUGGAUUCGAUCGCACCCUAACCAUCUCUCCAUCUCUUUUGUGCCCUCAGUCCCAACAAGAGGCAAUGCUGAAAAGCCAUCUUGAUACAAAGAAAGAUGUUUGUAGUAUAUUGUGGGGUUUCAUGGCUACCUCUAUCACCCAAGACAGUGAUGGAGUCUCAGUUAAGAUUGUCAAUUCUAAUGAUUUUACCACUGAGAAGACGGUAAAUGCUCUUUAUGCAGUCGGUUGUGAUGGGGGCAAGAGUUGGGUACGGAAGCAGAUUGGUGUACAUAAUAUUGGGAAAUUUGUCGUCCGUCGUGCUGCUAGUAUCACCUUUCGUUCACCCGAAUUGACCCGAUUGAUAAUGGACAAGAAAAGAAUGGGUCUCAUUGUUGCCUUUAAUUCAGUCUCACAGGGCAUCUUUGUCACGCUUAAUGAUAAAGGAGACUUUGCUUUCCAUCUAGUUCUCAAGCCAACAGAAAGUGAUGAAGACAUGAAGGAGCGUGUACGCAAUGCAGAGCACUACAUUAAGCAUGCCAUUAGUGAUGAGAUAGACGUGCCAUUUACACUAGUUGAUGCACACGAGUAUAAGAUGCAUGGCUUGAUUGUAUCAAAGUAUCGUGAGGGGCGAGUCCUAUUAGCUGGUGAUGCUGCUCAUCAAUGGGUACCUGCUGGAGGGCUGGGUCUAAAUACUGGCUAUCAAGACUCGGCCAAUCUCGGUUGGAAACUUGCUGCUGUUAUUAAUGGUUGGGGUGGUCCACACAUGCUUGAUUCCUAUGAGGUGGAGAGGAGGCCACAAGCCUACAAGACUUGCCGUUAUGCUGUUGGAGCUGUAGAAGAAGUUACGGCUGGUGUUCCUAGCCUUAUAUCAGUUUUGGAAGCUAUACCACCAGCCCGCUGGCUUAUUCGCUCUAUUGCUGAUUUUGGUGUCCGUAGUCAAUUCCAAAUUAACCAUCACAUUAUACUGGGGUACCAAUAUGCCGACUCUAACAUUGUUGUCCCGGAAUUUGAGGACUCACCAAACAACACUGAUAUCAUCAAACGAGUUACAGAUGACGAUACGUUUGUUCCCUCUUCUCUGCCAGGCUGCCGUGCUCCUCAUGUUGUACUCCCAGAGUCUCCUACUAUCCAUGAUCUUUUUGGCAGAGGGUUCCUAUUGCUGGUUAUAGGAGGAGCUGAGACCGAUUGCGAGAGUCUCCAAGAAGAGCUAAAGUCUCGUAAAGUCCCAUUUGAAGUGCGUGUUUAUCCUAAGCUUCCCGAUCUACUCCAGUUUUACGAUCGCAAGUAUUACUUGAUUCGUCCGGAUGGUAAUAUAAGCUGGAGGUCUUUCUCUCAGCCCAGCUAUCAAGAGGCUAUGCACAUUGCUAUGAAAGUCUGUGGGGACAUACCAUAUCAGUCCUUUCCCAAACCAGCUCCAUCUCCAAGGAAUAUAGGAGCUUUGGAUUUUUUGACAGAUGUGUUUUUGGGGAUUUCUGCAUUUCGUUUCUUGGAGCGGUACACGUCUCUCUCUACUAAUGCACUGAUUUUUACCGGAAUAGGAGUUGCAACACUUUCCAGUGUACUCAGGAAUAGCUUUCAUUUCAAGAAAGCUCCUUACAUUCAAGGGGUUUCCCGUCAUCAAGCAUGGGUUGCAACGAAAUUUGGACCGCCAGAGCAAUCCCUGCAAAUGGACCCAUCUUUUGUUGGUUCUUUUGGCCCAAAGGAUGUUCUCAUUAGGGUAAAGGCAGCAUCAGUGAAUCGCAUUGACCUUGGAAUGAGAUCAGGUUAUGGCGCUCCGCUAUUCACCAAGUUUGCACUUGCUAGCAACAGGAAGGGCCUGUUCCCAUUGAUAUUGGGUAGGGAUUGCUCGGGAGAAGUUGUUGCAGUUGGUGAUGAGGUGACAAGCUUCUCACCAUGUGAUGAGGUUUAUGCUGCAGUCUCAUUCAGCAGACAGGGAACACACUGCCAGUAUGUUGCUGUGGAUGAGAGCGACGUAUCAUUGAAGCCUGAGGGUGUUGAUCAUCGUGAAGCAUCCUCUAUCCCAUGGGUUGCUGUCACUGUGUGGACUGCUCUUGUUAAGAAAGCUGGUCUCAACAAAUACAAUGCAAGGGGUAAGAGGGUCCUUGUUCAUGGAGGUGCUGGUGGUGUCGGCUCUUUUGCUAUUCAAAUGUUAAAGUCCUGGGGAGCUGAUGUCACUACUACAUGUUCCACUGGUAACAUCACGUUUGUACAUUCCCUGGGAGCUGAUGUUGCCAUUGACUAUACUAGUGGGGACUUCUCAUCUUCACUCCCACUGCGUUCAUUUGAUGUUGUACUGGACACAGUUGGAGCUGAUUAUGAAGGACUGUCCCUACCAUUACUAAAAGCCUACUCUGAUGCAAAGUAUGUCUCUAUUCGUAGUCCGUAUGUCCGUUACAUCACCAAGUACGGCUGCUUUUUGGGUACUCUAAUCUAUCAAUGGAGCUAUAGGUACAAGAUAUUAGUCAAUCGUUUGUUUGGUGGGCGUGCCUUCUAUUAUUCUAUUGCUGAGUCAGAUGGGAGCGUCUUAAAUAUUGUCAAAGACAUGGUGGAGAAAGGUGAGAUUCGUCCUAUUCUUGGAGCAGUAUAUUCUAAAGAUGAGAUGAUUGCAGCUCAUGAGCACGUUGCCGGUGGACACACUCGCGGAAAAGUAGUCGUUGACUUUUCGUAAAAAUGACCAAACUAAUGCUUAGGAAUAUUAAGAUUAUAAUAAUAGUAGCAAUUAUUUUAUUUUUGCUAGUGAAG